UUUCGUCUCCGGAGGGGAGGACCGAGUUGUCCGUUGGCCUUCCUCCCAGCCCCGGGUUGCAUCAUGCCUGGGAACUUUGCUCCAAUGAGGGACGCGCUUUGUGCUCCGUGAGAGGGAGAGGGACGGGUGCAGCGUUGCCACCGAAAAAAAAAGAAAGAAAAAGAUCUAAUCCCCACAGCGAGCAGAGCAGGCAACAUCACCUGCAGAGAGAGACGCAGCUUCUCUACGCUGGAUCCCCCCCGGUGGCUUUGGAAACAGGCAUCCUCCACGUCGCUGCGUUUUUUUGCUCUUUCUUUUUCUCCUUGUUUUAACGAGACGCCGGUCUGAGAAACACAUCUGGUCAUUCGUUGUCACAGGGACGAGGGGCGCCCGGAUCCGUCCCCCCUUGAGGGACGGGACCUUUUUUUUUUUUUGAAGCUCGCAGCGCCAACAAUGGACUGCGUUUCCACGGGGGACUCGCUCGUGGAGCCGCGCCGAACGCACACACGCGACCGCAGCGUCUCCGGCCCGGGCGACGCGAGUCCGUUUACUUGUUGAACGGUGUUUGCUGCGUCGGGACCUCUCAGUCGGAGCCCGCGAUGCCCGCGAGGAACAGGUACAACCUGGUGGACGAUGUGGCGGACUCGAGGGUGCCGCUGCACAACGAGGAGGCUUACCAGCACGGGAUCCACUUCCAAGCCAAGUACGUGGGGUGUCUCGACGUGCCCAGGCCCAACAGUCGGAUGGAGAUCGUGGCAGCCAUGAGGAGAAUCAGGUACGAAUUUAAGGCCAAAAACAUCAAGAAGAAGAAGGUCAGCAUUGUUGUGUCUGUGGACGGGGUCAAGGUGAUGCUGAGGAAGAAACAGAAGAGAAAAGAAUGGACAUGGGAUGAGAGCAAGAUGCUAAUCAUGCAUGACCCCAUAUACAGGAUUUUCUACGUGUCCCAUGACUCCCAGGACUUAAAGAUCUUCAGCUACAUCGCGAGAGAUGGCUCCAGUAACUCCUUCAGAUGUAAUGUCUUUAAGUCCAAAAAGAAGACGCAGGCCAUGCGGAUUGUGCGGACCGUAGGUCAGGCCUUUGAGGUGUGUCACAAGCUCAGUCUGCAGCAUGCUGAGCAGGAUGCAGACGGACAGGCAGAUGGAGAGAGUGAUAAGUCCACAGAGGAACCCAGCACUAAUGGUCGUAAACUGACAGGAGCAGAACGGGGGGAGGAAGAGGAGGACAGCAAACAGGAAGGAGGAAGACGAGGGGGGGGAGAAGAUCCUUCAGCUGGCACCUCGCUGUGUGAAAAGGCAGUCAGUGAAAUUCUGCAGAGUCUGGCUGAACUGAAUGUGGUCAAACCUGGACAGACCAUCAUAGACUUUGAUCGAAGAUCCUUCUUCACUGUGACACCCCAGGGCAUUACUCCCAGCAGCCCUUGCUCUCCAUCUCUCACUCCACUGGCAUCUCAGCACUACCUGCAGCUUCUUCAGCAGCAGCUGCAGCAGCAGCAGCAGCACACUCAGGUGGCCGUCGCACAGGUGCAGCUGUUGAAGGAUCAGAUGGCAGCAGAGACCGCCGCCCGUAUGGAGGCUCAGGCCCGCGUCCACCAGCUGCUGCUGCAGAACAGGGACUUGCUGCAGCACCUGGCCCUGCUGGUGAAGCAGCUGAAAGAGCUGGAGGCCCGUUCCCCAAAAACAACACAACCAGGGCAGCCACAACAGGAGCCUCAAGCUAAUGGACACAAUGGUCAACAGUCAUCAGUUUCUACAAUAGCAAAGUCUCUGUCUCUAAAUCUGAAGAAUCACUACAGCCAGACCCUGGAGCAGCUCAUCACCUCCACGCCCGCAUGGCCGCUCCAGACCUCCCCCCUAUCCCCAACCCAGGUGGACUGCGCUGAGUCCUACCUGAACCUGCUCAACCUGGAGAACAGCACCAAACCAGCUGCAUCAGUCAAUGGAGACCUGGACCCCUUCAUUAGGGCCAAUGGGACAGCGGACAACAAGGAGAGGUCCUGCAAUGAGAUCGUCCCUUUAACUUCGAGAAACUCCGCCAACAUGGAUGAAAAGUGUAAACAGACAAUCCCCAAACUUGACCCUCCUCCACCCUCCCUGAACCGCAAGCGGGCCAGCAGGACCUUGUCUCCGGGGUCAGAGGUCACAGCUGUGCCCACGCCUGGAGAGGUCGCCGCUAAUGAUGCGGCCCCCAGCCGCAGCAGCAGCCUCUCAUUCCCAGACAUCACCCCCAGCUCCCUGUCAUCCGCUGAUUUCCACUCCCUCAGCAACGGCGAGAGCAGCUCCUGUUCAGCCAGCGAGGACUCAGGGGUCCGUUCUGAGACCAAGUCCCUGCUGUCGCCCCUGCGUGACGACGACGACCUGUUCGGGGACCGCGGGACCUUUUUAACAGCCUCCAGCGGCUGUGACAGUCCCCCGGAGGAGAGAAGUGAAGCAGCUCACUCUCCCUCUGAGUCGUAUCCUGCCGAGCCCCCCGCCCUCGCCUCACACUCGGACACCUAUGAGCACCCACUGCCCUUCUCCUCUCCUGUGAAUGAGACCUGCCUUCACAUCAGUUUUUCUGAGGAUGAGCUGCUUGAGAGCAGCCAGGAAGACCCUAACGUCCCACAGCAAAGUUAGGAGGAUAGGCUGACAUUCCCCUGGAGACCGUUCACGAUGUUAUUCAAUCAGCUUUUAAUGCAAUACUUACUGUCAGACCCUCCUAGGUUUGCACCGGGCUCUAUUUCGGGACCUUUAAUUAUUCUGUCCACUUGUGACACAGUACAGACAUAGCAUUGCCAGUUACGGAAAAAUAAUCUAUUGUAUAAAUUAUUAGCGAAUGGACAGAUUUAGUAUUUUUGUAAUGAAAGUAAUGAUCAAAUUUACUUUUUAGUGACUAGAAUGUUAGGCAGGAUACAUGUAGCAAUACUCGCACUGUUAAGAUCACACGUCAUUUACCGUAAGCCAAUGAGGGAACACAUUUUUAUUUUUGCUAGUAGUCAACGUUUAAACAUUAUUUUGUAUGAUGCUUCGCUGUGGUGCAAACAGUUGUGGAAAUACCAUUUUCUGGAGCUUUCACAGAGUGAUAUACGGUAUGAUGAUCAUGCAGAUGCUGGGAAGAGCCUCGCCUUCUGAAAAGGACCUGAGUGGAUGAUGGGUGGAAAGAAAAGAACAAGAAAGUCAGUAAAGGGAAAUGGGCAGGAUAGAAGUGAGCAGAUCUAGUUGUGUUUUGGUUUAUGCACAUCCACUUGUGGCUGUGUCAUAGGUUUUUGUAUUAUCAGAGUUGAGUGGGUUAUAGAAUGUUUUGUGCUAUUUGUAUUUUGGGUUUUUCAGACUUAAAGGCCUUAAAGAAGCGCUGGAAAAAAAAUUAGCAGAAUAGCCAAUGGGAAUUUGUAUUCUGUAUUGCAUUGAUUCUGUAUGUAGCAUGAUUGCAGUCCUUCAAAACAUAGGGAUUUCUGCAUUGAAUGAAAAUGAUUCUAAUUUUGAAAAACAACACAGGAGGAGAGCAAACCAUCAGUUAACUAACGGCAUUGAAAGCUUUGGAUUGCACCGGUCUGAGUGGGGAGUCAGUUAUGAAAUGAACCAUCAGACUCAAUGGGAAGAUAACGGGGGAAUCGCAUAGGACCUUGGAAGAAGACUCUCUCUUUGUGACAUCCUGAAUGAACAGAAAAUGACAAGCUUCAACACAUUAAGCUGACAUUGUUGCCACACAUGCAAUAUACAGCAAUAUUGUAGCUUAAUCUAAAUGUUGGGAACAUUACUUUAACUUCAUUGGUGUAAAUCAAUAUAGAGCUGCAACAGGUAGUUAAUUAAUCAAUAAGCAUAUCGCUAGAAUAUUAAUCUGCAACUAUUUUGAGAGUUAGUUAAUCAUCUAAUUCAUUUUUAACCAAAAAUACCAAACAUUUGCAAAAUCCGACUUCUCCACUAUGAGGAUUACCUGUUUAUAUGAUCGAGUUUUGGGCUGUUAUCAACAAGGGAAAUUUUCAUCUCAAUCUUAAAUCUCAAAUGUAAAUAUUUAAGCGCACUGUUGUAACCUAUUGACAGGUAGAAGUGACAAUUAAUGGCCGCGAGAGGAAAAACAUCUGAGGUGUGAGAAGAGGGGUGGUUUAGAGUUGCACGUGUGAAAUGCCCACAGGCAAACCUUUUUACACCCAGAAGCGAGGCUUUUCUCAGCAUCACAUGUGGCAGGGAGCUAUAAUAGCAAUAAUGUGGAAGAAAAAAAUAAUAAAGAGGAAUAGUUGAACACUUA